AUGGACCAGAAGUUCUUCUUUCUGUACUGCUCAUGCUACUCUGAGGCCGAUUAUAAGAGCCUCGUACUCCGCAUCACUAUUGGUGGUGGUGAAAUCUUUGAUUCUUGGUGUUCGAUACGUGAGAAUACUUCUUCAAAACCAAUUCCUUACACCAAAUGGUUCAAUUCUUUUUUUUUUUUUUUUUUUUUUUUUUUAAAUGUUAUCAUUAAAACUAACUUAAGAGUGUGGUUUCUCUCUCCCAUUUUCGUAAUAAUUUCUCUGUUUUCAUUUUUUUUUUCUUGUUCAGCUGAAAUGGCACGAAGACAAGCUUUAUUUCCUGGUGAUUCAGAGUUGCAGCAAUUGCUCCAUAUUUUCAGAUUGUUGGGAACACCAACUGAGGAGCAAUGGCCAGGGGUUAGUGGUUUGAGGGACUGGCAUGAAUAUCCGCAGUGGAAACCUCAAAACUUGGCACGUGCUGUUCCAUCAUUAGAACCUGAUGGUGUUGACCUCUUAUCGAAGAUGCUCCAAUAUGAUCCAGCAAACAGGAUUUCAGCGAAGGCAGCACUUGAUCACCCUUAUUUUGACAGUUUGGACAAAUCUCAAUUCUAGCUGUCUACCUGCCUCUAUUACUUAUUUUGGAUUAAGGAUUUGACCUCAAUCAACUCUAAAGAGACAGACAUCCUAGAGGGGGUUUUUUUUUUUUGAUUUAGCCGUGGGGUGGGGGGGGGGGGUGGGGUGGGGGUGGGGGGGGGGGGAGUAACUUUGGUUGCCAUUAUGCUGCUUUUAUCCAUCAUCUCGGUGAUUGUAAUGUACUUGAUGUUGCUCUA